GGCAUUUUCUAACACUAGAAUCAUCUAAAACAUUGCCAUCCAUAAUAACACGGUACCUAAUGCCAUAUUAUGCUGUAGCCAGUGGCUUUGAAACAGGUGUUUUCAGGCAUUGGACCCAAGUCAAGCCACUCGUGGAUGGCUACAGCAAACCAGUCUUCAAGAAGUUCAAUGAUGAGGAAUCAGCAAAGCAGUUUAUCAGGAACAAUUCAAUGUCUUCACGAGUUGUUCAGACACGAAGAUAUGGCACUUUAGGUCGUGUAGAAAGUGGUACGGUGAGCUCAUCAGUUUCUACUACGAAGAAGAAUUCUACCUGUACUCCAUUGCAAGUAGAAAUGAAGUUGAAUAGUCUCAACAUGUCUUACAAUUUUGAAGACUGGAGGACUGUAGAACAAGAAAUCAAGUGGGAAAAUCACCUCAUUCUGUCUGAUCAAAAAAUCGAAAUAUACUGUGACGGUGCUGCCAAAAAUAAUGGGAAGUCCAAUGCCUUGGCUGGGUAUGGCGUUUAUAUCAAGGAUCUUUCCCCAAAAGGAAUAUCUGUGGCUUACGACCAGAUCCUGAUCGAUAAAUUAAAGCCCACUAACCAAUUUAUGGAACUCUACGCCAUCAGGCAUGCACUUAUGAUCAUUUUUUCAAGUCUUGAACAUUGUAAACGAUAUGAAGGCAAGACCCUGAUUAAAAUAUUAACUGAUUCUCAGUUUUCCAUCAAUUGCUUAACCGUUUGGUACAAAAACUGGGAAAGUAACGGCUGGGUUAAUACCGCUGGACGUCCGGUCAUCCAUCAACAAUGUGUUCGAGAUUGCCUCAAGCUCAUAGAUUCCAUUAAAGAUUCGGUGAUUUUAUCAAUUGAAUAUGUUCCAGGACACAGUGGAUUUUUGGGCAAUGAGGUUGCUGACAGGUUGGCCAAUAUUGCUUGUGAUUCAAUGCUGAGCCGUAUUUGUUGAACAAAAUACCCUAUUUAUAGUUUUUAAUGAUUAUUUAGCUUGUACAAAUUUCUGUAAUUGCAGAAUUCAUGCUGAUUAGUGCUCAAUUCAGUAUGCUUCGGUCUAUUAUCAUGAUCAUGUUGCUUUUGUCUACCGUGAAGAAGGCAAGUUAAAGUAGGUUCGGACCAAUGUAGGAAUAAGCAAGUGAACAGGCACGAGUUGUAAAGGAAACUAUGAUGUUGGGAAGCUCAAGUGCACAAGAUAAUGCUUCUAUUGUGGAUUGUAGAUUAUCAAACCAGCUGUUUGGUUUGAAGCUAAGAUUUUGGAUCUAUUCUUGUUUAUAAAUUUAAUUCCAAUUGAGUAU